GAGGAACCUUAUUCCAUGGAUUGUGAUAGUUUGAAGAUCCUGUUCCCGCGCGUGCUGCGCCGCGUGCCCGCGCGUUUGUUCACAUUUGCCGCUAGUUUGUUGUGGUGGGUUGGAUUCACCGGGCUUUGCUUGCAACAGGUUUUCCCGUAAACGACGAAGUGUCAGUGAAGUAUCUUUGAAAUAUGUAUGUAAUAUUGAGGGUGAGCUAUUGAAAAUUCACUUCGCAAUAUAUUCCCUCAACGUAGUGUGAAGUUACAUCUCAGUAGCAUGGUAGUACCAGAAAUGAACAGUGCCAGUAAAGGCUUCCUUCUGACCUCGGGAGGUGGGUUAGAAGUGGACAAGGUUCAUGUUAGGGCAGAUGGAAGUUAUACAGACAAGUCACAAAAAUUUAUUCAGCAGGCAAAAGACUUUACCAAGCAAUAUGCUCACAUAUACGCUGUUCGACUUGUCAGAACGAGAGAUGCUUUGACAAAACGAAUUCAUGAAAAAUGGGGUGUAGAUAUUCCUGUCAAAAAGUUGAUAGAUCUUAAUGAAGAAGACAAUGAGCAGUGUGUAAUAAUUGGAACUUUAUUCAAGCAUCAGGAGCUCAAACCAAGUAUUUUGAAGGAAAUCAGUGAAGAGCAUCAGUUGGCUCCACAACCCCCUCGCAAAAAUUUUGUUGAUGAAGAAGAUCAGUUAAUACUGGAAGAUGAACAAGAAAGAAUACGAUUAAUUGGAAAAUUAAAUGUUCAUUCAGUGGUGACUGGUGUUGUGUGUGCAGUACUUGGUAAAGAUACUGGUGAUGGAAAAUUUGAAGUAGUGGAUUACUGUUGGCCUAAUGUUCUGCCAAGAGUGAGAGAACCACUGUUUAUUGUUCUGGUAAGUGGAUUGGGACUGGCUAACAAUGCAGAUGCACUCCUACCUCUGCAGCUGCUUACUGAUUGGAUCAGUGGGCUUCUUGGUGAUCCUGAAGAACAAAGGAAUCAAGCACAAGCUGUACGAUUAAUUAUUGCUGGUAAUUCAGUCCGUGAUUGUGCACCCCAUAAGGUAUCAGCUAUUACAAAUGCAUUUAAAAUAGAUGUGGAAGAUACACUGAAUGCUACUAGACAUCUUGAUGACUUCCUUCAUCAACUUGUUAGUUUUAUAGAUGUGGAUGUAAUGCCUGGAGAACAUGAUCCAGCUAAUCACAUGUUACCACAGCAACCAUUACAUUUCUGCAUGUUUCCAAAGGCAAAUACUUUUGAAACACUUCAUUGUAAAACAAAUCCAUAUGAAUGUGAAGUGGCAAAUUGCCGAGUGUUGGGUACAUCAGGGCAGCCUGUGAAUGAUGUUGCUGCAUACAGUAAAGUGGAAGAUCCCUUGACAAUUCUCCAGCAGACAUUGGAAUGGGGUCAUAUAGCUCCUACAUGUCCAGAUACUCUCUCGGGUUUCCCAUAUUAUGAUGAAGAUCCGUUCAUUAUUACCGAAUGCCCAGAUGUGUACUUUGCGGGUAAUCAACCAGCCUUUCAGACUAAGUUGUAUGAAGGCCCAGAAGGGCAGAGAACUCGACUUGUGUGUAUCCCAUCAUUUGCCAAGACUCACAGUUGUGUGGUUGUGGAAUUAAAUUCCUUGGACUGUUAUCCUGUAUCGUUCGGCGCUGGGGAUUUUGCGGAUUCAGAAAUGUAGACUUGCAUUGUGUGAUUAUUUAUACUCAGCAUUAUGAACAGUUACACUGCCCUGCUGAUAUAAAUGAUGUCUCCUUCUGUUGCAUCUCAGGUAGGGAGUUUCAAAAGUUCAAGAGAACAUAAUAUUUCGUUUGUGUAUAUAGCCUUUUAAAAUCCUGUUAGCUGAAUGUCUAUUUUGUAUAAACGUAUUGAAAGUUCUAAGAGAGGACAUGUGAAAACAUCUAAACAUUUACACUGAUAAAUUUCAAUGUUAUGUGAUAAAAUUUACAAUAAUUGUUAGGAGAGGUUAUUCCAAAAAUAUGAUUUUAUAUUUACUUGUUAUACUCCUUUCCCUUCUGAAACGAAAACAUAUUUUUUUAAUCCUCCCAGAAAGCUCUAUUUUGCAAUACCAAUUUGCUAUUAACUGUGAGAAUUGAGUGUUGUUGGUAUUACAAUGUGUUUGUAUGUGUGUGCAGGCUGUAUCAAAUUAGGAAAUUGUUUACCUUUAUUUUCAAAGUGAAUCUUAUCAUUCCUGUCCCACACUUAUAUGUAGUGUUAUGGAAAUGGAGAGAAAUUGAUGUUUGUAAUUUGUUUGACACUGCCCUGUAUUAUAUUCUCUCUAGGUUUUUCAGCAAUGUGUUCUAGUAUUGCAAUUUUAUUAUAAUUACAUUUAGAUUAUUUCUUUCCAAAGAAAAUUUUUUGGAUUAUUAAUUAUUAAAAUUAAUUAGGAAAUCUUUGCUUCAGCGGUACAAAACAGUUUUCUUAGACUGAUAUAACUUUCUCCUCUGUUUACACUAUUUAGAAUGUUCUCUACAACAUUGAAAAUGUAUUACACAGUAUUUCAGACAAAUAAAUUAAUUUUUAAUCAUCAAAAAA